CCCCGAAAUCUGCAACCAUGAGCCAGGUUUACUUCGACGUUUCUGCCGAUGGCGCUCCCCUUGGCCGUAUCAGCUUCAAGCUGUACGACGAUGUAGUCCCCAAGACGGCCGCGAACUUCCGUGCCCUUUCCACUGGCGAGAAGGGAUACGGAUACGCUGGAUCCAGUUUCCACCGUGUCAUCCCCGAUUUCAUGCUCCAGGGCGGUGACUUCACCAACCACAACGGCACUGGCGGCAAGUCCAUUUACGGAGAGAAGUUCCAGGAUGAGAACUUCACUCUCAAGCACACCAAGCCUGGUCUGCUCUCCAUGGCCAACGCUGGUCCCGACACCAACGGAUCCCAGUUCUUUAUCACCACCGUCGUUACAUCUUGGCUCGAUGGCAAGCAUGUCGUCUUUGGCGAGGUUACCGAUGGUCUCGAUGUCGUCAAGGCCAUUGAGAAGCUCGGUAGCGGCAGUGGAAAGCCGAAGAAGAAGGUCACCAUUGACAAGUCUGGAGUCCUUGCGUAAAGCCUCUCUUCUCAUAAAAGACUUC